GACGUGUUCGUUGACGUCCUCAGAUGUAGCCUAGCCUUCGAUGUGCGCGGUGUAUUCUGGGUUCAUCCCAAGAUGGCGGCGCCCUUGCGAAAGUGUUGAGAAACAAUCUCACCUGGAAUUCUUAUUAAAAUUAGCCGCAGUUUCACAGUGUUGAUCCAUUAUCGCAGAUAACAGAAAGUGCACGGAAGGAGACCGUGGGAUUAAGUUAUUGAGCGCCUGCCGUGGCUCACGCAGUGUGUGUGUGUGAGGAUGAUGAUGGGCCGCUGCGCCUGACCCAGAACCAAAAGCAGAGCCAGCGCAGAUCACCCUGCAGAAACGUCUUGAUCCAGCGCCUUCAGAUCCUCCACAGGCUGUGGACACUGCCGUUUAAGCUGCUGACGGGAGUGAUCUGUGUUAUCGUCCGUAGACGCAGCGGAUCUCCAGCUCGAGCUUUGGAGAACUCUGCUGACCAGAGAUUAUUUAUAAAAAUGGACGCUGAGCUCCUUCACUCCCCUGUGGUGGGUCUGGCGGAGGAGGAGGAGGUGGACAUGACUGACUGGAACCUUCCACUUGCCUUCAUGAAGAAACGGCACACAGAGAAGAUUGAGGGAUCCAAAGCUUUGGCUCAGAGCUGGAGAAUGAAAGACAGGAUGAAAACUGUAAGUGUGGCUCUAGUUUUAUGUCUCAAUGUUGGCGUGGACCCUCCUGAUGUAGUCAAGACUUCACCCUGUGCCAGACUAGAGUGCUGGAUAGACCCCCUGUCCAUGAGUCCACAGAAAGCCCUGGAGACGAUAGGGGCCAACCUGCAGAAACAGUAUGAGAACUGGCAGCCCAGGGCCCGCUAUAAGCAGAGUUUGGACCCUACAGUUGAUGAGGUGAAGAAGUUGUGUACCUCACUACGGAGAAAUGCCAAAGAGGAACGUGUUCUCUUUCAUUAUAAUGGCCAUGGGGUGCCUCGACCCACCGUCAAUGGAGAGAUUUGGGUCUUCAACAAGAACUACACCCAGUAUAUCCCUCUCUCCAUCUAUGACCUACAGACAUGGAUGGGAAGUCCCUCCAUCUUUGUAUAUGACUGCUCUAACGCAGGGAUCAUUGUCAAGUCAUUUAAACAGUUUGCAUUGCAGAGGGAGCAGGAGCUGGAGGUGGCUGCAAUAAACCCAAACCACCCGCUGGCUCAGAUGCCCCUGCCUCCCUCUAUGAAGAACUGCAUUCAGUUGGCAGCCUGUGAGGCCAGUGAGCUCCUACCCAUGAACCCUGACCUCCCUGCUGACCUUUUCACUUCCUGCCUCACUACACCAAUCAAAAUUGCCCUACGUUGGUUCUGUAUGCAGAAGAGUGCAAAGCUGGUGCCAGGAGUGACCUUGGACUUGAUUGAGAAGAUCCCAGGCAGACUGAAUGACAGAAGGACACCAUUAGGAGAGCUGAACUGGAUUUUCACAGCUAUUACUGACACAAUUGCAUGGAACGUCCUGCCAAGAGAUCUCUUUCAGAAAUUAUUUCGUCAGGAUCUUUUGGUGGCCAGUCUAUUUCGUAAUUUCCUAUUGGCUGAGAGAAUUAUGAGGUCAUAUAACUGUACACCAGUCAGCAGCCCCAGGUUGCCACCUACAUACAUGCAUGCUAUGUGGCAAGCAUGGGACCUUGCGGUGGACAUCUGCCUCUCCCAGCUUCCCACCAUCAUCGAGGAGGGCACAGCCUUCAGGCAUAGUCCAUUCUUCGCUGAGCAGCUGACAGCCUUUCAGGUGUGGUUGACAAUGGGCGUGGAGAACAGAAACCCACCGGAGCAGCUCCCUAUUGUCCUGCAGGUCCUCUUGAGUCAGGUACACAGACUGAGAGCACUAGAUUUGCUGGGGCGAUUUCUGGACCUGGGCCCAUGGGCCGUCAGUUUGGCUCUUUCAGUGGGGAUUUUUCCGUAUGUGUUGAAACUGUUGCAGAGUUCAGCAAGAGAGCUCAGGCCUCUUUUGGUCUUCAUCUGGGCAAAGAUCUUAGCUGUAGAUAGUUCAUGCCAAGCUGAUCUUGUAAAAGACAAUGGACACAAGUACUUCCUGUCAGUGCUGGCUGACCCGUACAUGCCCGCUGAGCAUCGAACUAUGGCUGUCUUUAUCCUCGCUGUCAUUGUCAACAACUACAACACAGGACAGGAGGCAUGUCUGCAGGGUAACCUGAUUGCGAUCUGUCUGGAGCAGCUCAACGACCCUCACCCUCUCCUGAGGCAGUGGGUGGCAAUCUGUCUGGGCAGAAUCUGGCAGAACUUUGAUUCUGCACGCUGGUGUGGAGUUCGAGAUAGUGCCCAUGAGAAGCUCUACAGUCUCCUGUCUGAUCCCAUACCAGAGGUGCGGUGUGCAGCUGUGUUUGCAUUGGGUACGUUUGUGGGAAAUUCUGCUGAGAGAACAGAUCAUUCUACCACCAUUGAUCAUAAUGUUGCCAUGAUGCUAGCACAACUCAUUAAUGAUGGCAGUCCCAUCGUGAGGAAGGAGCUGGUUGUUGCUCUUAGUCACCUAGUGGUGCAGUAUGAGAGUAAUUUCUGUACGGUGGCUCUGCAGUUCAUGGAGGAAGAGAAAAACUACGCUGUACCUUCACCUGCCAAUUCCACAGAGACAGGGAAUGUUACCCCGGGUAGGGACAGUCCCGCCAUCCCUCGUUUACGAUCAGUGAACUCUUACACAAACCUCAGAGCGGCCACCACCUCUCGAACCCUCAAUAAGAGCCUUCAGAACCUCAACCUCAACGAGGAGGGUGGUCCAGCAGCAUUCUCUCCAGGGAACCUGAGCACCAGUAGCAGUGCCAGCAGUACUCUGGGCAGCCCUGAUAAUGAUGAAUACCUUCUCUCCUUUGAAACCAUCGACAAGAUGAGGAGAGUCAGCUCAUACUCUUCCUUAAAUUCUCUUAUUGGAGUGUCUUUUAACAGUGUAUAUACUCAGAUUUGGAGGGUGUUACUGCAUCUUGCAGCUGAUCCAUUUCCAGACGUCUCUGAUCUGGCAAUGAAGGUUCUCAACAGCAUCGCAUACAAGGCCACCAUGAAUGCUCGCACACAGAGGAUUCUGGACUCAGGUUCCUUGACCCAAUCAGCACCUGCCAGCCCCACCAGCAAAGGAACUCUCAUACAUCAAGCAGGUGCUUCCCACAGAUCCAAACGCUCUUCAUCUCCCUCCAGCGGAUCUCCUCCCAUGCCUGGUGCUUCCAGCUCCAGUCUUACCAAUGAAGUGCCCAAACCGCCGGCCCGGGAGGCACCGCCCAAUCGGCCACCAUACACACCAACUCUGGGUGGCCAGGCGCCCCACUCGCAGCAGUUCCCACGCACCAGGAAGAUGUUUGACAAGGGCCCUGAUCAGACUGCUGAGGAUGGAGAUGAGACAGCUGCUCACAGGAGCUUCAUCAGUGUGAGUCUGCAGACAGGUCUUUGCGACUGGAGUGCCAAAUACUUCGCUCAGCCAGUCAUGAAGAUUCCAGAAGAGCAUGAUUUGGAGAGUCAGGUUCGUAAGGAGAGGGAGUGGAGAUUUUUACGUAAUGCUCGAGUACGCAGACAAAGCCAACGCAUCACUCAGAGAGGAGUGACACGGUUAGAUGAUCAGAUAUUCAUUAAUAGAAACCCAGGAGUGCCAUCAGUGGUGAAGUUUCAUCCAUUUAACCCCUGCAUUGCUGUAGCUGACAAAGACUCAAUCUGUUUUUGGGACUGGGAGAAAGGAGAAAGGUUGGAUUAUUUCUACAAUGGGAACCCACGGUACACACGCAUCACAUCCAUGGAGUACCUUAAUGGGCAUGACUGCUCUCUCCUCCUCACUGCUACUGAUGACGGAGCAUUGCGGAUUUGGAAGAACUUUGCUGACCAGAGAAAUCCAGAGAUGGUCACAGCAUGGCAGGGGCUGUCUGACAUGCUGCCCACCACACGAGGUUUGGCCCGACGGGUCUCAAUCUAUCUUGACAGAAGUAAGCAGGGAGGUGCAGGUAUGGUGGUAGACUGGGAACAGGAGACUGGCCUCUUGAUGACGUCAGGUGACGUUCGAGUCAUACGGAUCUGGGACACAGAAAGAGAAAUGAAAGUGCAGGACAUCCCAACAGGAGCAGACAGCUGUGUGACCAGCCUGUCAUGUGAUCCUCAGCGGUCACUGGUAGCUGCAGGUCUUGGAGAUGGAUCUGUUCGGGUGUAUGACCGCAGAAUGGGACCUAACGAAUGUCGUGUGAUGACGUAUAGGGAACACGGUGCUUGGGUGGUGAAGGCACACUUGCAGAAGGAGCCCGAAGGACACAUUAUCAGUGUCAGUGUGAAUGGAGAUGUGCGGUUCUUUGACCCACGGACGCCAGAAUCAAUCAACGUCUUGCAGACAGUGAAAGGACUGACGGCUCUGGACAUCCAUCCACAGGCAAACCUGUUCGCUUGUGGCUCUAUGAAUCAGUUUAUAGCUGUGUAUAACUCCAAUGGGGAUGUGAUCAGCAACAUUAAAUACUAUGAUGGUUUCAUGGGGCAGAGAAUUGGAGCCAUCAGCUGCCUGGCCUUCCACCCUUACUGGCCUCAUCUGGCCGUGGGCAGUAAUGACUACUACAUGUCCAUCUACUCCGCAGAGAAGAGACUCAGAUAACAUCAUGACCUCUCACCUUUGACCUUUGCUGACCCCCUUGGAUGUAAAUGACUUCCUGUACAUAUGCAACAACCAUGAUGAAUGUCUAAAGAAGGCUGCUGAACCCACACAUGAUGACUAUAUUAGUAUCAUUAUUAUUAUUCUCAAGAUAAUUCUCAUUAUGGAUUUAUUGAUUGUACACUUGGCUGUGCAGAGGAGUGUAUAUUAUUUAAAUUGCAUAUAAAGAUCUUAAAACUUUAUGGUUCGGCCGAUGUUGGCUGGGUUUGACUGUCUUGGAACUGUUAACCUCAUGCAAAACCCUACAGAGUGAGAGAGAUCGACCUAAACUCAAGAGACUAAGAUGACAAACUUCCAGAAGCUGGGUUUUCCAGGCUGACUGUGGAAGGCCCGUUGCCCAGUGGGUUCUCUCUGAAGCCACGUGCCUCGUCAUAUCUCUGCUGAAGUACAGUUGGAUCUGCUUUUCUUCUUAUGUGAAGAAAUAGCCAACCUGUGCAGCGCUCCUACUCGCCAGUCACAACCUUCCUCACACAUCCUGGCUUAACAUGUUCACACACAGUGCCAAACCCCCUCAACAUCAAAACACUUUUUUGGACUGCAUAUACACAAAUGCUGCAUUACACCACAACAACACACAUGACUCUGAUCUUAAAGCACUGGACGUGGACAAUAGGGCCUGCCCCCCAUUUGCAUCCACACUAAGCCAAGUUUCUUAAAGAUGAGCUUGAAUAAUCAGGAUGAAGAUUUGUAGACAGAAAUGUAAAGAUAAGAAGAGAGAGUGAGUUUUCGAUCUAUUUUUGGUACUUGGGCAGUACAAUAACAUCAAGCUUGCAUUCAAGAGUCAUACGUAAACACACAGCCCCCUGGAAAUGCCACACUACCUAUUUUUGCAGCGCCAAAACUUUUGUUCUCUUGGUCAUCAUCACCUUCAUCAUUUACCCCCUCCCCAUCUUCUGAAAAGACUGCUUUUUCCAGAAGUUCUUCUGUAAUCUGUUGUGCAAACUCAUUUGGUCUUAAAAUCAAAGAUGGUUUCCAUUGUUAUUUUUCCUCAGUGAAAAAUUAGUGCAGUGGACAGAACAUAAAAAGGACUAUUUCACAUUUGUAGCCUAUCAUGAUGUUGCAGUUUGUUUGUCCAGAUCUGUUUCCACUUUCACUUUUUCUGUCACUCAGUGAAUGUCUAAUCUUUUGGUUAAACAUAGAGCAGUGGUUUUCAAUCCUGGUGCUGGGGACUCACCGCUCUGCACAUUUCAAAUAUCUCCGUUAUUUAACACACCUGGUCAUCAGCUCAUUAGGUGAGAGAUCUAUGAACUGAAUAUAAGAUAAGAGAGACAUACAAAAUGUGCAGAGCGGUGGGUCCAAGGCUGAAAACCACUGGAGUGACACAGCAUUAUGUGGAAUCAAAUACAAAUAUCAUGACUUUCUCAUUAUAGCACUUAUAUGUACACACAAAGUCUGAUUUUGUUCGGUGCUACUGUUAGCUUUGCUGAAUUAAUUGUAUUUCCAAAUUUGAGUAUUUAGAGCUUGUGAUUCAUAGAGGUUUUGUGUGUGUGUGUGUCCCACAACUUUUAUCAGUUUGUACAAGAAUGAAAAUGAUAGUGUUUACUAAAAGCCUAAAGGGGUAGUUCACAAAAAUACGCACAUUUAAUCACUUACUCACCCAUAUGUCAUUCCAAACCUGCAUGACCUUUUUAUUUGUGGAACACAAAGGAGAUGUUAAUCAAAGUGUCCAAACACUUUGAACACUUUGAUUAGCACAAGUGGAUGGGGACCAGGCAUUUCCCGAGUCACACAGGUGUGGCAGAACAUGAGCGCAAGUAAAUUAUUCUGUAUUAAUUUUUUGGGUGAGCUAUCCCUAAAGUACAGCAGAAAAAUCAGGUGGAGCUUUUUUAAUAUUAAGCGAAUUGACAUUAUUUACAUAAUGUCUGAAUAAAAGUACAUAAUCUGAAUAAAAGUUAGUGCUAAGUUCAAUUUUGUAAGGUACUUUGAGUUGCUGAUACAUUUAUUACCAGUUAAUAAAACUAGAAGGGUUGAUCAGGAUGGAAAUGUAUUUUUAUAACAGCUCUGAUCAAAGCGUUUUGUUUGUUUUUUCAUUUCACAUCCUAGUAAAAAUUUCUGCGAGCAUAUCUGAACUUUUAAUGUGAGGUGACUGAUGGAAACAGGCCUGGAUCAAAUACUGUGAAAUAUGUACACAGCUCAUAGAUAUUUUCCUUUGGGACAAUCAUGUCACAGUCGAAUUACACUUCUUUAGGGAAAUUUAAUUAAUGUCUUAAAAUCAAAUAAUAGAUAAAUGGAAAAAUUAUAGUACAUUUUGAGCUUAGCUCCUUGAUUAGUUGAAUUGACCCUAGUCCUGAGUCUGUUGUUUUAUCUAUUGAGAUGGUGAAGGUAAACAUCCUUGUGUGUAGUGUCCAUCAACUCUAGCACCCUGAUUUUCUGACUCGUCACUGAUGAUGUGAGAUGAUGACUGGCAGAUAUGUUUAAUUCUUACCUUCCCAAAAUCCAGUUCUUGGAAUGUGCUUGAAUUGAUGUUAUUACUUUUGUAACCAGUUUAUGUAAUAUCUGUAUUUAAACUUUUAACUGGAUAAGUUUUUAUUUUUUCAUCUUUUAAUCUCUUCUUCUUUUCCAGUCCUUUUUUUUUUUCUUUGUAUUUUGACUUGUAUUUCAUGGUGUGGCUGCCAUUCUCUUGCUGUGUUCGCAUUAAUCCCUGAAGGGAAAGAGAAAGCACAUUUGUCCUUCGCUUUCCCCAGGACCCUUAGUCUCUUGUUGGAUUCUCUGCCCCCUUUGGACAUUUGUUUUCAUUGAAAGGAUAGUUUGGUUUAGCACUAUCAGUGGAUUUGUUUAUGAAUUGUGCCGGUAUAUAUUCCCAUCAGAAUAUACCGUUUUUCAUCCCGCUGUUAGGGAGUCGGGGAUGUACUCUGGCUUUAUCAAACUGGAAAUCACUGCUCUACUAAUCCUGCUUUGGGUUUUAACAUUUUAAAGUAAAAGAAUUGAAAUGAAUUGAAACAAUCAGGGGUUUUCCAUGGCUGUAGACUGCUUUUUCACCAUGGUUUAAAAGACGAGAAGAAAGCAUUCAAAUAAACCAGAUACAUAAAGGUA